CUUUAUGCUGCUCCCCAAAUGGGACACAAAGUGGUGGUGUUUGACAUUUCUGUCGUCAGAGCCUUGUGGGAAACUCGUGUCAAGAAGCACAGAGCAUGGCAGAAGAAGGAGGCUGAGAGGCUGGAGAAGAGCGCACUGGAGAAGAUAAAGGAAGAGUGGGACUUUGUGGCUGAGUGCAGGAGGAAGGGCGUGCCCCAGGCACAGUACUGCAAGAACGGCUUCGUGGAUACCAGCGCAAGGCUCCUGGAAAAGAUAGAGAGGAACUCCAUCACCAGGCAGAGUGCAUGGGUCAAGGACAGAGACAAACGGAGCAAUCCAUUUGUGUUUGAACUUUCAGGGGCACAGUGGAAGGAGCUGCCUGAUUCGCUGAAGGAGCAGACGCACCUCAAAGAGUGGCACAUUCACAGCACCCUGAUUCAGAUCAUUCCUACAUACAUCGAGCUGUUUCAAGCAAUGAGAAUUCUGGAUUUGCCGAAAAACCAAAUCACGAGUCUCCCAGCUGAAGUUGGUCGCUUAAAGAACCUGAAAGAACUCAAUGUGAGUUUCAACCAUCUGAAGAGUAUUCCCCCGGAGCUGGGAGACUGUGAGAAUCUGGAGAAACUAGACUGCUCUGGGAACCUGGACCUGAUGGAGCUCCCCUUUGAAUUGAGUAAUUUGAAGCAAGUGACAUUUGUCGAUAUCUCAGCAAACAAGUUCUCCAGUGUCCCGAUCUGUGUCCUGCGGAUGUGCCGUCUACAGUGGUUGGAUAUCAGCAGCAAUAAUCUGAGUGACCUGCCACAAGACAUAGACAGGCUGGAAGAGCUGCGGGGCUUUCUCCUGUAUAAAAACAAGCUGACCUACCUUCCUCAAGCCAUGCUCAACCUCAAAAAGCUCACCUUGCUGGUUGUCAGUGGGGAUCACCUGGUGGAGCUCCCGACUGCUCUCUGCGAUGCCUCCACACCUUUAAAAUUUGUAAGCCUUAUGGACAAUCCUAUUGAUAAGACCCAGUGUCAAGACAGCAAUGAAAUAAUAGAAAGUGAACAGGACCGUCAGCAUUUUGACAAAGAGUUUAUGAAAGCAUAUAUUGAAGAUCUUAAAGAAAGAGAAGCUGUUCCCAGUUACACCACUAAAGUGUCGUUUAGCCUUCAACUUUGACUUGACCCACCAGAAGACCACAAAAUCUUGCUGCCCUGUGCUCUACAUCUUUGUAUAUGUGUUACAUCUUAUAGGAAUUGUGGCUUGUGCUUAAGGACAAAGUCUAGAAACUACAUCACUGUUAAGAAAAUAAUUUUCAAAUUUCAAAUA